GCGAAAAGCGAGCUGUGCACGCGCCUGGGCAUCGCGUUCCUGGCCUAGCGCCGCUCCCCAUUUUCUAACCGCCACUUGGGCUUGUGCCGCCCUUAGUGUAUGUGAGGCUGAGUGGGGAGAGGAACACGGUCUGAGUUGGCUUGAAAAUAUGCUGUUCUUCCCUCCUCUUUCCACCGUGGACCCCACACUGUGGCCUUUCUCUCAGAACCUCUGAGAUUGGUACCGAGGCAAGGCAUAAUGCCAGUGUCCCCGACAAGACUGCCCAGCCCCUAUGGCUCUGAUCGACUGGUACGGCUAGCAGCCAGGCUCCGGCCAGCACUAUGUGACACCCUGAUUACCGUGGGGAGCCAGGAGUUCCCUGCUCACAGCCUAGUGCUGGCAGGUGUGAGUCAGCAGCUGGGCCGCAGGGGUCGCUGGUCUCUGGUGAAAGGAAUCAGCCCUUCCACUUUUGCACAGCUUCUGUACUUUGUUUAUGGGGAGAACAUAGAGCUGCAACCUGGGGAACUGGAGCCCCUUGAGGAGGCAGCCAGGGUCUUAGGGGUGCAGUCCCUGGAAGAGGCAUGCAGGAGGGCUCGAAGGGACAGGGCUAGGGUGGAACUGAAUCCAGGGUUGAAGGAACUUCAGGAGGAGCAAGAGAAACACACAAGGGAUUCUGAGAGAGGAGUGAGGGGGCUUGGAGAACAGGGACCGGAUAAGUUUCUUAGAGCUGGUGGGAAAGAACAUGAGAUGGCGCAUGAGCACAGGACACCAAGAGAGAGCCCUGAGAUGGCAGAGGCAAUGCAGGAGGACCAGAAGGAACAGAUCAGAUCAGAGGAGAAACUCAACCAAUUCCCUGUUGGCCACGCGGGAAUAGAUGGGAAGCAAGAAGUGAUCAUGUGGGUGAGGGAGAGUCCAGGGGGCUCUGAAGGAAGUCUGGGGGAGUUCCCUGGCUCCCUUCCCCCACCAGGUUCCCUCCAAACCAGCAUCACCCCUAGGCCCUGGUGGGCUGAGGCCCCUUGGUUGGGGGAGGGCCAGCCUGCUCUGUGGAGCAUCCUGCUGUUGCCGCCCAGAUAUGGCACCCCCUUCUCCCAUAGCACCCCAAUCACUGCAGCCUGGCAAGAGGUCUGGCCUCAGAACCAGAGGAUCCCACUGUCCCUGAACCUCCACAAAGGGCUCUGGAGCCAGAACCAGUUGGCCUCCUCCAGCCCUACCCCAGGUUCCCUCCCCCAGGGCCCCACACAGCUCAGCCCUGAGACAGAAGAGUCUGAUCAGAGGCACACAGGUGCACUUGCAACCUGUGUGGGUCACAGGGGCACAGCAGGCCACCCAUCACGCCAACAUCCUCCCCUGGCUCCUCCUGCUCCGUCUAGGCCAAAGCCCUAUUCUUGUUCUGUAUGUGGAAAGAGGUUUUCACUCAAACAUCAGAUGGAAACACACUACCGAGUCCACACAGGAGAGAAGCCCUUCUCCUGUAGCCUCUGUCCCCAGCGCUCCCGAGACUUCUCUGCUAUGACCAAGCACCUGCGGACACACGGGGCCGCACCCUACCGCUGCCCUCUGUGCAGCGCGGGGUGCUCCAGCCUGGCCUCCAUGCAGGCGCACAUGCGCGGCCACUCACCUAGCCAGCUCCCGCCCGGAUGGACCAUUCGUUCCACCUUCCUCUACUCCUCCUCCUCGAGGCCAUCCCGGGCCUCGACCUCUCCCCUGUAGCCCCCCUUCCACCUGACGAGACGUCGGUAGUUUAUUUGGCUUCAGCCAAAGAAUGAAAGAAUUAAAUGAUGAAAGACCAGCAGGCGGGCUGGCUAGGCUUCUGAACCGGCGCCGCGGCUUCAGCUGCCUAGCAAAUUCGCCUCUAUGAAGCGCCGCAGGAAGAGCGCUGAAAGCUCUUUCCCAGAUGACCGCGGGCCGCAGAAGCCUAGGCCAGCGAUCCCGUGUGGGGUCGGGGCCGUGAAGUUUGCACAAGUGCAGGUUAACUGUGUGGGGACUGUUGAUUUCAUCACCAAAAUAAAGCGUUUCCUGUGCCUUCCUCAGGAAAAGAAAAGCCGAGCCCAGACUUCAGUCUGUAGCGGGGGGUAGGGGUGCAGAGCCGCAGCCUGGCCGCUAGUCCUGUAGCGGCCCCUGGUGGCCCUGGGCCUGCUCUUCAGCGCGGCGGCCACCUUCUCCAUCUCCCGGGCCUCCCUGUUCUCCCCCGGCGGUAGCGGGCCGCGAGGGCUGGGUGUCCAGGCAGACUUAGCAGCAAGCCCUGUGUGGGUGGGCUGUGAAAACCCAAGUUACUGUCCCUGCCACAGCAAGCAAAGGCGUGCGGAGUCUGAGUCUGGGGGCCCGGGGCUCGAGAGCAACUCGUGCUCCGCCCUGCUCUCGGUCACCCGCCUCCUCUCGUUGAGCAAAAGGGCCGCAGGGCCGCGGCUUCUGCGGCAUUUUUCUUCCACGCCGUACGGAAAGGUGGCUGUGUGGGACCUCGAACUGAGACUAACCCUUGGCCGCCGCCCCUUGCCCAGCCCACACCUCCUGAAGUCGCGAACUCUAUUACCCAGUGUCUCCGGGGUUCUCAGGAUCCAAAGGCCCCCGCACACUGGGAGUGGUAGUU